UCGGGGGUGGUGGAUGUGGCGGUGGUGAGUGAGGGUGUGUGGUGGCUUAUAGGGGAUAUCAAGGGAGGCGACGAAAAGGGUGAGGUGCAGCUGCUGGCCGCCAUGAGUGCAAGGAGGAGCAUUCAAGGGAGCUGGCCCUUUGGUCUGACUGUGAACCGCGAAUAUAUCACUGUGAUAGAAGCGAAGGAGAAGGGCGGAGAGACCAAACUCGUACAUUACUCCUAUGUGACGCUGAGCCUGGAACACCUGGUCCGAUUCAUGGACCACAUGCAGAGAGUUUUGAGUAGCACGGAUAAAUUGUUGAGGGGUCUAUCAAUCGGGUCACAUGGCUCUGGGAUACGGAGGGCUGACGACCCGGAGAGGAUCACCCACAAUGUUCAGAGGGCGAAGAUGGAGCAGAGGAUCAUGGAGAUGGAGCAGAGGAUCAUGGAGAGGAUGGUGCAUAUGGAGGAGAGGAUGGUGCAGAUGGAGGAGAGGCUGAAUACGAAGUUGGAGACAGGGCUCAAUGAAGUAAAGGAGAGCAUAGGGCAGAGCGUAGGGGAGCUGAUGGUAGGAGUGCAUUGAUCCAACUGGAUCAAUGCACUCUCCAUUCUUCCCUUCCACCUCUGUCUCCUCACUCCCCUCGUCUCCAGUCUCCCCCACUCCCCCAGUCUCCACCACUCCCCUCGUCUCCAGAUUGUCUCCCUCGUCUCCAGGCCGUCUCACUCCCCUCGUCUCCAGGCCCCCUCACUCCCCUCGUCUCCAGGCUCCCUCACUCCCCUCGUCCUCAGGCCUCCAUCAUUCCCCUCGUCUC